CGGGAGGGCGAGCGACUGAGCGAGCAGGCAUCUAGCAGGAGGCAGCAGCGGGCGGGCGGGCAGACGGCACAGAGGGAGGGAGCAAGUGAGCAGUGAGUGAGCCAGCGAGGGCAACCGCGUCCCGAGAUCAGCCUAGAUUCCUCUCGUCCCUCUGACCCCCUCCCCGGAGCCCACAGCGCCUCCGGUCUCCAGCGGAGCGGACACGGCCCUGCCCGGCCAUGGCCUCGUUGCUGAAGGUGGAUCAGGAAGUGAAGCUCAAGGUUGAUUCUUUCAGGGAGCGGAUCACAAGUGAGGCAGAAGACUUGGUGGCAAAUUUUUUCCCAAAGAAGUUGUUAGAACUUGAUAGUUUUUUGAAGGAACCAAUCCUGAACAUCCAUGACCUAACUCAGAUCCACUCAGACAUGAAUCUCCCUGUCCCUGACCCCAUUCUUCUCACCAAUAGCCACGAUGGACUGGACGGUCCCACUUACAAAAAGCGAAGGUUGGAUGAGUGUGAAGAGGCCUUUCAAGGAACCAAGGUGUUUGUGAUGCCCAAUGGGAUGCUAAAAAGCAACCAGCAGCUGGUGGACAUUAUUGAGAAAGUGAAACCUGAGAUCCGGCUGCUGAUUGAGAAAUGCAACACGGUCAAAAUGUGGGUACAGCUCCUGAUUCCUAGAAUAGAAGAUGGGAACAACUUUGGGGUGUCCAUUCAGGAGGAGACAGUUGCAGAACUAAGAACUGUUGAGAGUGAAGCUGCAUCUUAUCUGGACCAGAUUUCCAGAUAUUAUAUUACAAGAGCCAAAUUGGUUUCUAAAAUAGCUAAAUAUCCCCAUGUGGAGGACUAUCGCCGAACCGUGACAGAGAUUGAUGAGAAAGAAUAUAUCAGCCUUCGCCUCAUCAUAUCAGAACUAAGGAAUCAAUAUGUCACUCUACAUGACAUGAUCCUGAAAAAUAUUGAGAAGAUCAAACGGCCCCGGAGCAGCAACGCAGAGACACUGUACUGAGGCCAGGGCCAGGGCCAGGGGACUCUGUGAGUCUGGCUCAAGACCGACAUUGCCUUGGUUUGUUACAUGACUAUCGUGAUGGGGAAACUGGCUGGAAAUAGUAAUCACACCUCUCUCUGUUUUUAGUUAGAGUCUAAUGAAGCUCUCAUGUAGUUCUGUGACGUGUUUACCUCUUUUUUCAGGCCUCAGGAACUCUUCUAUUUCCUUCCCUAAUACCCCGACCUGUCCUCUAAUUUCUGGAGAACUCCAGGUUUGUGUGUGCAGGAUGUUGGCACAAGAAUACUUGCGUUUUCUCUCCCCACCCUCCUGUGACUUGGGCUUUGUGUUUCUUUUUCUCCCUUUUGAUGAUUAGUCAGUUAGGAGCUGAGGGAACUAGAAGGAAAGUGCUAGGUGGUUUUUUUUUUAGGAUCUGAGGUCGGGAGACCGGCUUCUCUCUUCUGAUGCGAGGUUAGUGUUUCUUGCCAAUGUGGGACAUUGGAUCCUCCCUGCCACAGUUGUCCUGGUGAUGACUUCGGGUUUCCCAUCUACAUACAUGACAAGAAACACCUUAGACGUCAGCUAAGUCCCUAGCUCCUUCAGGUGUUUUUAUAACUAGAAUUUUCACAUACACAUAUGUGCAUGAUGGACACUCAUACAGACACGCACAUCUGACUUCUACUCUUUUACCUGAUUGCCUCCCUUCUCUCUCUCUCUCUCUCUCUCUCUCUCUCUCUCUCUCUCUCUCUCUCUCUCUCACACACACACACACACACACACACACACACACACACACACUCUGUUCAGGAAGUGACAGUUGUCUUAGUUGUCAUCCACCAGGGCCCAUUGUCUCCUGAUACUGUAGCCUCUUGGUGCCCAGAGGCUGGUGAGUUGGAGGAGAACCAAGAGGUGAGAAGCAGAGCAACUGGGGAAGGCUCCUUCUCUUUGACUCGGGUCUUUUGGGGCAUUACUGCGAAGGCCAGUCCUCUUGGCUCCUGAUUGCCUCUUCCUUGACCAGCUGUAAGUUGGGGUGGAGGUGUUCACAGCUGCGAGGGCCAGAUGCUGCUGCUCCUGCUGGGCUUUCCCUUUGGAAAAGAGUUCUUUUAUUUAUAGUAUUGUGCUUCCAGGGAAAGCAGUCACUGACGUGUGCAUGUGUGUGCAUGCACACACAGGCGUGUGUGCAUUGUGUGUAUGUGGAAAUCUUUUGGGCAAGUCAAAACCAUAGAAGAGUUGCCUCCUCUCUCUUGAAUCUUCCAGAGAUAUCCCCCACUUUUUUAUUCUACUGUUAUUGGAGAGUCAAUAUCUGCAGACAGCCUGCUAGUGACUCUCAGUGUCUGUUUCUUAUUCUUCCUGUCUCUGUCUUCCAACCCCUAAACAUAUUUCCACCUGGAUGUAUCAUUUUUUACUCCCAAUAUGCUAUAUAGAGGAGUCAGGAUGCUAUCUUCCCAUGAAUAGUACUCAGUAACAAACCAAUUGCAUUUUAGUUGGGCAGUGCCCUUAUCCACCCUCCAGAUCCCUUCCAGAUAAAACACGUCCCUUCUCCCACAAUGCGUUUCUCAGUUUCCCUUUUCGUUUGUUGGAUUGUUCUGCUGCCCUUCCUCCUCACCCUACUACCCUUGGAUCGUAAUGUAAAAUUCUUUUACCAUGUCAAAAAAUUAUUAAAAAUACAGGUACUUUGACCUCUUUCUAAAGCCGCAGACCCUGGUGCGAUGUUGUGGUGGCUGGGGCUGUAACCAUAUUCACAUGUGUGCGUAUCAGGAUACCCUCCUCCACAUGCACUGCCAGCCCCCCAUUGGAUGUCUUUAUACCAGUUGAGCUUCCCCUUUUUUCUGAAAUAAUGGAAAGAUUGAGACUUCUGCCUAGCAAGAGGCAAGGAUGGGUCCAUCAUUGGUAUUCAGCCUGAAUUAUGUGAAAGACAGCUCUUCCGGAAUCGAAGCUGCUCUGUCCCAACCCUCAACAAGAUCUCUCCUUCCUUCCUUCCCUCCUUCCUUCCCCAGUGAUACCCAUGAACUGCCAGUAGAGGCUGCUCUAGUUCCACGUGGGGAAUCACCUGGGUCAAGUCACGCCCUACCCUGUGGUGGUCUUUACCGUACGCUGAUUCUCCCUUCUGAAUGAUGUCUUAAAUUUCUUGAGAUGCCAGGGGACUCUUGGUUUCAAAUGACUUGGAGGGCUAUCUGGGACCCUAGCUCCCUCUGAAAU